CUCGUUUCAUAUCUCGUCUGGCUACGGAGAGAGUUCGGCAUAACCCUAGAAAACAGCUUCGUUUUUCUCAGCCUGGAAAGGUUGAAAAAUAAUACAGAAGCAGAAAUCCUAAUUCGAGUUAGGGUUUUUGAGGGAAAUGGCGUCGUUCUCGGAAGCUCCACCAGGCGAUCCGAAGGUAGGAGAGAAGAUCUUCAAGACUAAGUGCGCUCAAUGCCAUACGGUCGACAAAGGAGCAGGACACAAGCAAGGACCCAACUUGAAUGGUCUUUUUGGACGACAGUCUGGCACAACUCCUGGUUACUCCUAUUCUGCUGCUAACAAGAACAUGGCUGUGAACUGGGAAGAGAAAACUCUAUAUGAUUACCUGCUUAAUCCCAAGAAGUAUAUUCCAGGAACGAAGAUGGUUUUCCCAGGUCUGAAGAAGCCACAAGAUCGUGCAGAUCUCAUUGCAUAUCUCAAGCAAGCCACAUCCUCGUAAUGUUCUUUUCUGUUUUCUAUCCUCUAUUUUGCGGCAACUGGAGGUGUCUGUUGAAGAGUCUGAAAAGAGACUAGUUAUUUUUUAUGGAAUAAGACCUCAGCAGAUGAUGGGGUCCCAUGCAACUCUUGUUUCUCAUGCAUUCAAAUUUGGCAGUAAUUGCAUAUGUUUGUGACAUAUUUCUGCACUGAUCAAUUCAACUGGUUCUAAUUUUGACUCAA